AUGCAUACAACAUUGAGAAAAUCUUUUUCUCUAUAUAUCAAUUCCGGUGAAUUCCUUUUCAAAAAUAUUGUUUACCCAUAUUGCAAUUCAUGCCAAACGUUUAUACGCCAAGUAUUAACUCAUUUUUCGACUCGACUUCAUUGGUAUUCGAGAAAUACUGUCAUACAAUUUCCAAAAACGAACUUUUAUUUAAAAAAUUUACAUGUACAACAUAUUGUAUGUACAAAUAAAUUGAAGUGGUUAUGA